UUCUUAUUCACUAUUUCUAUAUGGAGCUUCAGCGUCCGGAGGAAGAAGGCCUCCCAGAACGAAAGGGGCAAAAACGGAAACUAGAGGAAGAGAUCCAAGAGGGCCGUGAAAUCACCGUCCCCAACGGCGACUCACGCUGUGCACUCUUGGCCGAAGUAACCGCUCAGGUUAGCGUACUCGAAUCCGCCUUCUCUUGGAGCGAAUCAGAUCGCACCUCUGCCAAGCGUGCAACUCACGUACUAGCUGAGCUCGCCAAGAACGAGGAAGUUGUUAAUGUGAUCGUUGAAGGUGGUGCGGUUCCGGCUUUAGUGAAGCAUCUGCAAGCGCCGCCAUGCGACUAUGGUGACCUAAGUCCGAAGCCUUUAGAGCACGAAGUUGAAAAAGGAAGUGCUUUUGCACUGGGGCUUCUCGCUGUGAAGCCAGAACAUCAGCAACUUAUAGUUGAUUCUGGGGCCUUGUCACAUCUCAUGAAUUUGUUGCGCCGGCACAAGGAUAGUUCUAUUUCUCGUGCUGUGAUCAGCGUCAUCAGAAGAGCUGCUGAUGCUGUCACCAACCUUGCUCAUGAGAAUAGCAGCAUUAAAACCCGUGUCAGAAUGGAAGGUGGGAUUCCACCUCUUGUUGAGUUGCUUGAGUUUACUGAUACAAAGGUGCAAAGAGCAGCUGCUGGAGCAUUACGAACCCUAGCUUUCAAAAAUGAUGAAAACAAGAAUCAGAUUGUUGAAUGCAAUGCUCUACCUACUCUCAUCUUAAUGCUAAGAUCAGAGGAUGCUGCUAUACACUAUGAAGCGGUUGGUGUGAUUGGCAAUCUGGUGCAUUCAUCGCCAAACAUAAAAAAAGAAGUUAUUGCUGCUGGAGCUCUGCAACCUGUCAUUGGCUUGCUUAACUCCUGCUGCCCGGAGAGCCAAAGGGAGGCAGCUUUAUUGCUUGGACAAUUUGCCGCAACUGAUUCUGAUUGCAAGGUUCAUAUUGUACAAAGGGGUGCUGUUCGACCCUUGAUUGAAAUGCUUCACUCUCCUGAUGUACAGCUGAAAGAGAUGUCAGCCUUCGCUUUGGGGAGGUUGGCACAGGACCCACACAAUCAAGCUGGUAUUGUGCAUAGUGGUGGUUUGGUUCCUUUGUUGAAGCUUCUAGAUUCAAAGAAUGGAUCUUUGCAACACAAUGCUGCCUUUGCUCUUUAUGGUCUUGCAGAUAAUGAGGAUAAUGUAUCCGGUUUUAUUAGGGUGGGGGGAGUCCAACGGCUGCAAGAUGGAGAAUUUAUAGUUCAAGCAACAAAAGAUUGUGUAGCCAAGACACUGAAAAGAUUAGAGGAGAAGAUUCAUGGGCGAGUUUUGAACCAUUUGCUGUAUCUCAUGCGUGUUGCAGAGAAGCCAGUCCAAAGACGAGUGGCUUUAGCUCUAGCUCAUCUUUGUUCCCCUGAUGACCAUAGAACUAUAUUCAUUGAUUAUAAUGGACUUGAACUGCUUCUUGGUCUUCUUGGUUCUACAAGUGCUAAACAGCAACUUGAUGGUGCUGUAGCUCUGUACAAGUUAUCCAACAAAGCUAUGACACUUUCUCCUAUGGAUGCAGCUCCCCAUCUCCAACACCACAAGGAGUUUGUCUAUUUGGGGGAGCAAUACGUGAACAACGCCACCUUAUCUGAUGUCACCUUCCUAGUUGAAGGUAGACGAUUCUAUGCUCACAGAAUCUGCCUUCUUGCUUCUUCAGAUGCAUUUCGUGCUAUGUUUGAUGGUGGUUAUCGGGAAAAAGAUGCAAGGGAUAUUGAAAUUCCGAACAUUAAGUGGGAGGUUUUUGAGUUGAUGAUGAGAUUCAUAUAUACUGGAUCAGUAGAUGUUACAUUGGAUAUCGCACAAGAUCUGCUCAGAGCAGCUGAUCAAUAUCUUUUGGAGGGACUUAAGCGACUUUGCGAAUAUACCAUUGCACAGGAUAUAUUGCUUGAAAAUGUUUCGAGCAUGUAUGAGCUGUCUGAAGCUUUUCAUGCCAUAUCGUUGAGGCACACUUGCAUCAUAUUUAUCUUGGAACAUUUCGAUGAAUUGAGUGCAAGACCUGGGCACUUGCAUCUAGUCCAGCGGAUAGUUCCCGAGAUCCGUGAUUACUUUGCGAAAGCACUUACAAGACCAAACACGCAUAAGCUGCGGCUAUAGAAGGCUGGUCUUUUUGUUAACUCCUGAUCUCGAACCAGGUAUGUUGUACAGAAAGUAGCAGAUCUUAUCGAAUUUGAAGCCCGAUUGAUUACUCGUAGUUUGGUUCAUAAUCAUUUGCACGUAGAGCAAAAAGUACUAGUUUCUUCUGAUUCAUUGUUUGUAGAUGUUUGGAGAAUAUCUUGGAUUGUGUUGGCUAGUAGAUAUCAAUGUAUCGAAAGUGUUAUCGGAGUCGGUUCUCGGCA